GGUAAAGAAACUCGUCUGCCUAUCGACUACUCUUGGGCUCAGUCCUGUUCUCCCAAUAUCAAGAUUAUGAGGAACACCAUCAGCGCAUCUCGGGUGCCCCAUCUGUGAAGUUCAUCUUAACCCUUCUGUACUCGUGUCGUUUUCAUCCCCAUUUUUAGUUGUGGAGUUUGGAAAGGAAAUGCCCCACGCGACAACGGCAGGCUUAACCGUGCCCAUGACAUUGGGGGUGUGAGAAGACAUUUUCAUUCCCUCUAGCUUCCGACAACAGCCAUGAACGCGGCAGCUGACAUCAUUGCCUGUAACAGGGGAGACUUACUUUCCAUCAACCAUGAUGCCGUCUUGAUUGACUUAUUGAAGCGGGGCAUUGUUGAAUACCACGAAUAUUAUAGAGUCGUGGAACAGACCCCGAAGGAAAAAAUGUCAUUUCUCCAAGAAGUAUUGCCUAUGAGAGGAGACAAUGCAUUUCCAGCUUUCAUUCAAGCACUUCGCGAGAAUCACUACGCUGUUCUUGCCAACAGGCUAAAUGAAGAGUGGAAAGGAAGGAGGAGUGAGGGACAUGGGGCAAGCUCAGGGGAAGGAGGAAGAGAUGUUGGACCAAACGAGAUGCCUCGUGCAACUGACGUAACUCCUGGUGCACAGAGUGGAAGCACCGCAUCGCACCGAACUGAAGCGCAACCGACGCGGUUCCCGUCAAGCUCACAAGAUGCAACUACGAACUUGAUAGCUAGAGCUUCUCAGAAUAGCGAGUCACGAGACCUGAAUGUGGAGAGACCUGGAGCUUCGGAGCCCAAUCGAAAAAGGGCUUUCAUAGGUUACUUGAAACAGUUCCAGCAACAAUUUCAAUCGCGCAAAGAUUUAAUGGUGGCAUCUAUCGCGGUCCUGUUUGCCAUCGGCGUGUUCCUCUUGGUUUCGAAGGUAUCAUUGGCGAGUGUGCCUCCAAUUAAUACAGUGGAUCAUUCUGGAGCAGCAUCAAAUACUGGCCACAGUGGUGAGAAAGCACCGUCUCGAAUACAGAUAAACGAGGAGCUAGAAACAUGGGACUUGAUCAGGGCGAACCGUCGGAAGCUUCGGGAUUAUUAUAACUUGGACUUUGAGGAGUUGCUUCUAAGUUUGAGUGAGAAGAAAGUCUUCACGGCCCCCGAGGAGAAGCAGAUACGAAGCAAAGAAAAUCAAAAGUUAUUUGACGAGCUCUUCGAAAUCCUCGUACACAAGAAUCCAAAAAAAUUCAUACCCGUCUUUCUGGACACACUCGCUGAAAUCGGAAGGAAGGAUGUGAGGGAUUUCUUGCUUUCUCAACUGGACAAGAUAUCGGCAUAGUUGACGCAUUUUCCCCUUGGAAAAAUUAUUAAUCGGGCUGGCUAAUAGAAUUAUCUAUUUGAAUGAGUC